ACGAAUCGUAUCGAAGCUAUACUCCUUUUACGUUCAAACAAGUGAGCUUGCCUUAGUUUGCCUUCUUGGUCACAAAGCCAACAACCUUCUUCCAUACGAACUUGUGUUUCGUCGUCUGUUGCUUGGACAAUCGUUUCAGUCCGCGGAUUUUCUUUUUCGAACUUGGUCUGCGAAUUGAGAAGGGAUUUCCUUGUUCAAGACGGUGGCUUCGCGAGGGUUUUACGCAAAGAUAUCGGAAUGAGCGUCUUCGUCAUGUCUAAGCCUUUUUUUACCGCUUCGUCGGCCUCUCCGGAGGACAGUGGACUGUUCAGAACGGCCGUUUCCUCGCAGCUCGAUAGUUCCGGAAGAUUACCCUUCGCUAGAGGCGAGGCUUCCUCCUCCGAGGAGGAAAUGCUUAUACCGACCACUGCCGAGAACAAUACGGCCAUCUUCGCUGUCUCGAAUGGCUUUACUUCACAAGUCGUACAAGCUGGGGCAAAAAUGACAUCCGCCGUUGGUGACGGGAUGGGGAGUAACAGCUUUGCUCAGCAUGUGACUAGCAUCCCAACACCAGCACCCGAAGAAUUGAUUACUUUUGAGGAAGAAAUAGCUUCCGAAUCACAGCCUGCGUCAGCCUUACCUACAACGCCAUCUCCUGAAGCGCACAGGAGUGCGGAGCAAAUCGACACAAAACCGCAUUCUCGUGUUCUUUCGCUUCUGAACUCUACCAACACGUAUGAUGAAGGGGAUUCAGAACUGACAACGCUCAACGAUGGCGAAGAGGGAGACCUAAAAGCAGAAACAUCCCUCGUUAAAAGCCCGGCUUCAGAUGCUGUCAGUGCCGAUCUCAUCGAGUACGUUGAAGAGGACGAAGACGAAGAGCAUGUCGAGGACGAGUCCGCGUCUCACAGCGCUCAUGAAGAAGCUGCCGGCGAGAUUCUUAACCACGAAACUACCGCAACGAGCGACGAGCUCGGUUACGCACCACUCCCGUGUGUACUACUCUCGUACCGAGGAGAGACGUACGCCCUAUUCAGCGUCUACCAGCAAAACCUGGAUUUACGACCGAUCUUCGAGGAGGAACAGGAAGGUUCACUACUAUUCGAAAGCCAGCUUACUCUUUUUAUUGCAGGAUUAAAGGACCAUUUUGAGAUCGAAAACGAUAUCACACUGCAAAUGCCACAAUUGAAUUUGACUUUCGACGAGAACUCUUCGUGCACUGAAACUCUUUCUGUCAACCGGCUAUACGAGUUCUUCUUGGCACAUCUGACACAAAAGGGCGAGGAAGAAACUCCCGAAAACCCUCUACAAAUAUUUCUGACAGAAAACCAAUACUCUCUCACGAACCGGCUGAAUGAUCUCGCAAGAAUCGCCCUUGAAGCGGGUUUCCCGGACUACUCCGAAGAGCAUGACGACAUGCACAGUGAUCCCGACAGCGAUGGGCACGACAGCGAUCAUUCCGGUCACUACGAGACAUCCGAGCUGUUAGAAGACGUUGACGAACUGCCUCAGGCUCAAGCUUUGCUCGACGUUGACGAACAAGAAGAAGUAAGUCAUAUGGCGGAACCUUUAAACACCAAUGGUUCCCAUAUGGAGGCACAUAUGAUCGGUAUGUACCACAGCACCUUGUACUUUCUGUCGUCAAAGCUGUGCAUCGUUAACUAACAUGCAACCGUCUUCUAGGUGAACGGUCCGAGAACGGUGUUUCACCAUCAUCUCCAAGUGCACGGGAAUCUUUCUCUUUGAAAU